AUGGUUGACACACCGAAAGGAAAUACAGUCGAAGAGCAGAAGAUCAUACAGAAGAAGAGAGAAGAAACAAAGCAUAUGGAAGAAAAGUUCAAAGUGUUGGUUCAUCAGAGAGGGGCAGUAAGGGCGAAACUAACACGUGUGAGAAAUGGAUUAGUGCUAGGUGAUGAUGAGCCUAAUAAGAAUAUCGGUAAUGUACACUUUCUCCGGUUGAACUUGAAGACAGUGGAAACAUGCUACGACGAAUUUAACGAACUGCAAAACAAGAUCUACGCGCUACCCCUUUCUGAUGAACGAAGAGCCGAACAAGAAGAUCUAUAUAUUGAUUUCGAGGAAUUACACAAUAAUCUGAUUAUUCGAUUGAACGAGCUGUUGGAAGUUGCAACUACUGGUGCAAUUAAGCCAUUGCUACCGAUAGUCGGUCCAACAGUUUCUGCCCCAGCGCAGCUGUUUUUGCCUCCACUCCAUGCACCCCUCCCAACGUUCGACGGUUCUUAUGAGAAGUGGUACUCAUUCAAGUCUAUGUUCACCACUAUAAUGAACCGUUAUCAACAAGAAGACCCAGCAAUAAAGCUUUUUCACUUGCGUAACGCACUCGUUGGGUCAGCCUCUGGGAUAAUUGAUCAGGAUAUCGUUAAUAGCAACGACUAUGAAGCUGCGUGGCGGUUUCUUACCGACAGAUACGAAGACAGACGUCUUAUCAUGGACAAGCAUAUUGACGCAUUGAACAGCCUUCCAAAGGUGACCAAGGAGAACUCUCUAAGUUUGAGACGGCUUGUAGAUACCUGCACCAAAAAUGUCGAGGCACUCAAGAAUUUGUCGUUGCCAAUCGACGGGCUUGGAGAGCAAAUUUUGUUGAACCAGAUCACUUCGAAAUUGGACAAAACCACACGGAUGGCGUGGGAAAGCCGCCAGAAAAAGGGUGUAUAUCCGAACUAUGGAGCAACCAUCGAGUUCCUGCAAGAGCAGUGUAGAAUAAUGGAGAAAAUAGACAUAAACGUGAAGCCCGUAACUGAAAGUGUUAAAGUGAAACCAAUGAACAAAGGCCACUCACUGAUGGCUACGAACGAACACAAAAAUGAACAUAACUGCAUUAUGUGUAAAGAACACCAUGAACUUUGGAAGUGUGAUCAAUUCAAGUUGCUGAGUUUAAGUGAUAAAUACAGUGCUUUGAGAAAGUGGGGAAGUUGCUUUAACUGCCUGCAAAAAGGCCAUCGUACAAACGGGUGCACAUCAACUCGUAAUUGUCGCGAUUGUGGGAAGCGGCAUCACACAAUGCUGCAUUGCGACAGUUCGUCAAAACCGGCACCGGUAGAGUCUGCAGCAGCUAAGGACAAUGAAUCGCAAACAGUGAAGAAUUCCAAUAAGAAUAUCGAAACUCUCACACCACAAUCAGUCUCCACUUUGUGUAUCAGUGCAGCCGACGAUUUAAAACAGAUAGUUCUUUCGACUGUCGUAGUGAUGGUUCAUAGCGAUAGUAGUGCACUUUUUCCGUGUCGUAUGCUGCUUGAUUCGGCGUCGCAAAUGAAUUUCGUUACAGAACGAUUGGCGAAUUUACUACCACAACGAAAGGAAUCGGUCAAUUAUUUGGUUAGCGGUGUGAACGGUUCAAAAACUCGCCUUAGGAAAAUGAUUCGAGCUACAGUAAAAUCUCGCUGUGGAGAAUUUAAAGCAGAAUUAAAUUUUUUGAUUACCCCGCGAAUUACCGGUGCCGUGCCUGCAAAUUCCUUCGAUAUUUCUGACUGGCCAGUUCCUAAGGGAAUCGAGUGGGCUGAUCCAGCAUUCAACAAACGAGGACGCAUCGAUAUGUUGAUCGGUGCCGAAAUCUUUUGGGACGUUGUGAAAGGUGAUCGAAUGCAUCUCGGUGACAAUCUGCCUGUACUAACAAAAACGGAAUUUGGAUGGAUAGCCGGAGGAGUUCUUGCUGAAGGGUUUCCAGUCAUUGCUCGCUCCCUUUGCCAGGUUGUUUGUGAAGAGCGCCUUGAGGAUUUAUUGAAACGUUUUUACAGUCUAGAAGCGUGUGAUGAAAUACAUACUUCGACACGAGACAGUGAAGAUUGCUUGAAUCAUUUUAAAGAGACUCAUGUGCGUGAUAAAGAUGGUAGAUACUUCGUCCGACACCUCUUCAAUGAACGGAAAAAUGAAUUAGGAGACUCUCGACAAACAGCAACUCGACGAUUUUUGAACUUGGAGCGGCGGCUCAAUAGGCAACCGGAAUUGAAACAACUGUACAUAGAUUUUAUGAAUGAUUAUGAACGGCUUGGCCAUAUGAAGCCAAUUGAGAUCGACGAAAAAGAGGACCCAGGAUCUGUUUUCUAUCUACCGCAUCACGGCGUAUUGAAGCCGACGAAUACGACUACCAAGUUAAGAGUCGUAUUUGACGGAUCUGCAAAGAGCUCAACUGGAGUAUCCAUCAACGACACUUUAGAAGUGGGACCAGUAGUUCAGCGUGAUUUGGCUUCGAUUUUGAUGGACUUCCGAGGAUUUCCGUUUGUUUUUAUAGUUGACAUACCGAUGAUGUUUCGACAAAUCGGUGUACUGUCGCCCGAUAGAAAAUACCAACGCAUACUCUUUAGGAAACAUCAAAAUGAACCAGUGACGGCGUGGGAGCUUCAAACUGUGACCUACGGCUUAGCCACAUCUCCCUUCCAGGCAACGAUGGCCCUGAAUCAAUUGGCUGAAGAUCACCGAAACGAACUUCCAGAAGCUGCGUAUGCCAUCAAAGAGGGAGCAUAUAUGGAUGAUAUUUUGACGGGAGCUUAUACAUUGCCAGACGCUUGUAAGUUGCAACACGAUGUUGAAAUACUCCUCGCCAAGGGCUGUUUCGGUUCGCACAAGUGGUGUUCGAAUGUUGUAGAGUUGAUAAAUAAUGUUCCUGAAGAACUUCGAGGAGUGAGCUUUGAAAUUGCUGAAGACAAUCCGCGUGCAGUUGUCAAAACUUUGGGGGUAGUAUGGAACCCGAUAGAAGACUGGUUUUCUUUCAACGUCGCAGAAGGUGAUUCGGGUGCCAUCACGAAGAGAAAAAUCUUGAGCGAAGUGGCUAAAAUAUUUGAUCCUCUGGGACUAAUCGGACCCGUAAUCACGACAGCAAAGCUAAUACUACGAGAAGUUUCUAUGCUGCAGACGGACUGGGACGACCCCGUUCCGCAAGAUUUACUUCAAGUAUGGCGAUCGUUCCGGAAUGAGCUGGUGCAAUUAAGCGAACUGAGAAGACUUACUGGCAAUUUUGAAUGGCAUCACAUUCCGACAAAUGAAAAUCCUGCUGAUUUCAUAUCGCGCGGCCAGCGCCCUCGGGAUUUACACAAGAACGAUGUUUGGUGGAAGGGGCCACCGAUGCUAACCACGACACCUAUCGGCCUCAGCGAAGAACCUGAAAUUCCCGAUGAAGACUUACCGGAAAUGCGUUUCGGGGUUAGCCUACCAAUCGCGAAUGUAACUAGGAACCGACUGCAGAUUUUUGAGACUGUUCGCCAAUUAUAUAUUAACGAAACGGACUACGAUGUUGAAGGGAACGCCUACAUCAUCCGAACGAGCGCAAGCCUUGCGGUUGAUAGUGCGAUUGAUUCAGCAAGAGACAUUUCAACCAGAGAUUCAAGCUUUGAAUAA